UGUACGCAAGACUUUAUAUUUAGGCUAGAAGAGUUUUGAUAAAUUCAAGACUUGGACUUGAAUUAAUGGAAGGAUAGUAUGCAGCACAUCUUCCCUACUUGACUUAACAAUUGUUCUGUUAACAGAUAAAACCUACAGCUGCAAAUGAACUGAUUAGCUGACAUCAACUUUAUUUUUGGCUCAAUUAAAUAAAGUUGGCGCUGACCCUUCCUUAAAGCAGCAAUUAGGCUUCUAGUUUAAGAAGGUCACUACCUAGUAACUAAUGACUCUAAUAAAACCUGUCCUAUUCUCCUAUAUAAAAGCCUACUUUAGACCCUUCAAUCACCUUUAGUGUCACCUUAUGAUAUCGGAGUUCAGUUUGUAGUCUUCAUUUUUCUUUUUGUAUUUCUCUCUUCUCAGCCUCUCUUUCUCUCUAUCUCAACUUAAACCAAAAUUUCUAUUUCCCUUUGUUCUAGUUGAGUUGGCUUGUUUUAUAUAUAAUAAUAAGUUGAAACCAGGGUCUUUGUUACAUGGCUUUAUAGCUAUACUAGGGAGAGGAUGGGUGGUAAUGGAUUUGUUGUUUGUGGGGAAAUUCUCUGUUGAAGAUCUUUGCAUUUCGCAUUCAAGGGAACUCAUCAACAAAUCCAUUGAGGUAUCUCUCGCAUUAUAUCUCCUUAAUUUAGAUCCAUGCUCCUCUAUAUAUGGAUGACAACAUUUUGUUUCUCCUCUGGAUAUUGCAAAAAGUUUUAUAACUUCAGCAUCUCCCUCUCUAAAUGUGAUUUUAUUUCUUCUUCCUCCUAUUUUUUUCUGUGUUUAAGGGCUUGCUGGGGUGGAGCAUCUCAUCCAAUGGCAGCUAAGAUGAAAGGGAUCUUCAAGGGAUUCAAAUUCAUCUCUCAGAUAUUUGUGUACAAAGAGCAUGAAAUGGAAAUUGGGUACCCCACAGAUGUGAGACAUGUAGCACACAUUGGUUGGGAUAGCGCAUCUGGGAAUGCAGCUAGUUGGAUGAACGAAUUCAAGACAGCAUCAGAUUUUUCUUCUGCCUCCCUCAGCAAUUUUGGGCAGUCCGGAGAGACAUCUUGGGCUUCUCAAGAUUUUGAUCAGCCUAGAGAAAUAUCAGCUUAUGGGAUAUGCCCAGAGACCCCAGCCCCAGACUCCUCUCCUUGCCCCGACAUACCGAAGGCUCCGAAGAACACGAGGCGAAAACAAUCCAAAUCCACUUCCUCCACAUCAUCAGCUAGAUCAUCGAGGUCUUCAAGGUCAAGAGCUUCGUUCGCAACUGCAAUCGGAGAUGUCGAUGAGACGCAAAGCGAGAUUCGGAUUGCCUAGUGAUGCUACAAUUAAUGCCUGUGCUUUUAAAUCUCCUCCCUUUCUCUAGGAAGUCAAGUGAUUUCAUUUUAGAUUAUUUGAAGUCAAUUUAGUUGACAAAAAAAACAUGAAGAUAAUGUAAAGAUUGAAAUUUUUUCUUCUUUUUGGUCUUUUCGUAAUAGCUUUAGAUGUGGUAUUAUUCUU